CUCUCGCUUCCCUUAUCCUGCUCUACUUUUUCCUCAUUCUCUCAGAAGCAGCGGGGACACAGAUGUUUGGAGGCCGAGCGUCCCAUUGGACCCCUGACCCGGAAGGGCCCUAAGGACCGGAAGUGAUGGCAGCCCGGCAAUCACCGCUUCCCUAGCAACCUGAUCGGCUUCUUAGCGACAUAAAGUGGCUGCGCAGUCCCUGGCCCCGCCAUGCCAGUGCGAGUGAGCGAGUUCAGCUGGCAGCAGACACCGGCCGCAAUCUUCCUGUCGCUGCCUCUGCGCGGCGUCAGCGUGCGCGAUGCUGACGUAUUCUGUGGGGAAAGUUACCUGAAGGUGGGCGGGGCGGAGAUGCAGUUGCAGUGCGCCCCCGGAGCAGGAGCUGUCUUGUACUACGAUGGGAAGAGCAAAGCCAAGAUUGGAAAUGACACGAUUCUUUUCACAUUGUAUAAAAAGGAGCCAGUUCUGUGGGAGAGCCUUUCUAUGCCAGGUGUUGAUAAAGAGAUGAUGCAGAGAAUAAGAGAAAAAUCUAUCUUGCAAGCACAGGAGAAAGCAAAAGAGGCCACAGAAGCAAAAGCUGUCGCCAAGCGAGAAGAUCAGAGAUACGCACUAGGCGUGAUGAUGAAGAUUGAAGAAGAAGAGAGGAAAAAAAUAGAAGAUAUGAAAGAAAAUGAACGGAAAAAAGCAACUAGAGAAAUAGAAGCGUGGAAAGAAUGUCAAAAGAAAGCUGACGGACAAAAACGAGUGCAGAGGAAGGAGAAACCGCCGCAGGGAAAGCAAGCUGGAGAAACCGGAGCACUAAAACCUCAGGGUUUGCCCCGGAAGGCCCCGCCCGCUCGCCUCCCCACAAGAGGGAGGAAUUGGGGAAACAUAUUUUCUGAGAAGUUAAAGGAAGACAGAGUUCCUGCACCUCGCUCCCCUGGCAGUAUUCAAAUCAGCUUCACCCCUCGAGUGUUCCCAACUGCACUUCGGGAAUCCCAAGUUGCAGAAGAGGAGGAGUGGCUGCAUAAGCAAGCAGAGGCACGGAGAGCCAUGAGCACUGAUCUUCCUGAAUUCUUCGACUUAAAAGAAGAAGAGAAGAAUCCAGACUGGUUGAAAGACAAGGGAAACAAAUUGUUUGCAACAGAAAACUAUUUGGCAGCGGUUGAUGCAUAUAAUUUAGCCAUACGAUUGAACUGUAAGAUCCCAUUAUUGUAUUUGAAUCGGGCUGCUUGCCACCUCAAAUUAAAAAACUUACACAAGGCCAUUGAGGACUCUUCUAAGGCACUAGAAUUAUUGACACCACCUGUUGCCGACAAUGCCAAUGCAAGAAUGAAGGCACACGUCCGACGAGGGACAGCGUUCUGUCAACUGGAAUUGUAUGUUGAAGGUUUGCAAGAUUAUGAAGCUGCACUCAAGAUUGACCCAGCCAACACAGUUGUAAAAAAUGAUGCAGAGAAGAUUCGGAAUAUAAUUCAAGGGACUACACUGAAGUCUCAUGACUAGAGGCAGCUAAGUACAGAAGUCUCUACAACUACUACAGCUCUGUAAAGCACAGUGCUAGAGAGUCUUUACAAUGGCAGUGCCUAAGGAAUCAUCUCCAAGGUGAAAAUGACCUCUCUCUCACUGCUUUUGAUCCCAGUACUGGGAAGGCAGGUCUCUGUGAACUUGAGGCCAAUCAGAGCUAUAUAGUAAGAUCCUGUUUCAAAGCACAAAACAAAGCACAGAGAAUGGGCUGUUUGAAUCCUUGGUCUUAGCACAGGACUUGGGCUUUGGUGUUGCUCUCCUAAACUGCCAGUGCUCUUGGAAUUAAGCUGUUGCUGUUGGCAUUUUCCAGGAUACUGGAAAAUUUUCAGGAUUCUGUUGAUAUUGAAGAAUCAACAGAAUAGAAUUUCCACAUAAAAGAUUGUGCAUAAUUAAAUAUAGUAUUUAAUUCUGAAUGAUUGGCUUUGGUAUAAUAUAUAGACAUUUUUUAGUCACUUACAGAUACACAUAUAUUUUUCUUUAUAUUAUUUGUUGUUUGAGGCUAGACCAGUUAGAGUGUAAUAAUAUAUUGUAUACCAAUCCUGGGUCUACUAGGUAAAAGGAUGUAGAAUUCCAGGCUAGCCUGGGCUACAUAGUGAAACUGUUUCAAGAAAAAGUGAAUAAACAAACAACAGAAAAACCA